AUGAAAGCGUUUGCAAUUUUUCUCAUCGCAACUCUCCUCGGUGCAAAUGCUGCAGUCCCAACCGUCACCCCAAAGCUCAUCAGCAUACCCCAAAACUGCGGGUACUGGCCUUCCGGUCGUUUCUUAAUCGUCGUCGACUCUGCCGAAGACCCCGCAGUGAACGGCUUACCCGCGCAACCCUACGACAUCAUCUUCCCCUCUAAAGUCCUUCCCCUGUUAGCCAUCGACCUCCGCGCAUCCCGUCGCAUCGCCAAAUCAGUCUUUGCUUGCGACGCUGGCCAAGCUGUGAUAUCUUCUUCGCCCGUAUUUAAGAAACUUGGGAUCUGCCAGGACCGUGAGAAUGGGCACAUCUUAAUCGAUGCGCCUGCAGAAAAAGUGUUGGUUCCGGAACUGUACAGGCAUGUCGUGGAUGGAAAGGAAGUGGACGGGCUCUACGUUGGAGCGAAGAAUCAGACGACUUGGGGUUUUCGGUACACCCCGUCAAGCUGCUAUGCAAAUGCGACGGUGUCUACAAGGGACUAUUACGAAGUAAAACUUUUGGGGUUGCCGGAGAGUAAGUAUGACACUGCGGGAUACGAAGUAGAGUUUCAAGGCUUCUUAAAGGUUGUAGAGUGGUGA